GAAGAAACGCUUGCCGUUCAACUAAAUUAGUUGCCUCGUUCUCCUCCUUCCUUGUUUCUCCGCCGAGUGUGUAAAGCUGUACAGAUCACAGAGGCGAAAAACUUCCUCUCUCCCUCCUCCGUCCCCCGCCGCUACUCGGCUCCAUACUAGCGUUUUAGGCAUUUCGUGUUUAGAGGAUUGCAAUGUCUAACGCAGAGGAUAAUAAAUCUUCCCAUGAUCAGCUCUCGUCCCAGGUUUUUCUCGAUCUUGUGGACUCAGUGAUUGCUGAUGUAGCAUCUGAGUGUCACCGUGUAGCACGACUAGGGCUUGACCGAGACUUGGAGGUAGUUGAAGAAGAGCUGAGGCUAUCAGUGGAAGCGCGCGCCAAGGUUGCUGAUCCUAGCAAUAACCUAGAGACCAAUACUAAAUACGUUGUUGAUAUAUUUGGUCAGAGUCACCCUCCUGUAGCUACUGAAGUGUUUAACUGCAUGAACUGUGGGAGACAGAUCGUUGCUGGAAGGUUUGCUCCUCAUUUGGAAAGAUGCAUGGGGAAGGGAAGAAAGGCUCGCGCCAAGGCGACCAGGAGCACAACUGCUUCCCAGAACCGGAACUCACGACGCAACACAAGUGAUAACAACCAGUUAGCAAGUGGUCCUCCUGGUUUUGAAGAGAACGUGAGAAGGACUUAAAGGACAACCUAGGAGAGGCUUAUUGCUAAACUGCAUUGUGGCUAGUAGCUGCCUCGACCGGAUUGGUAUGAAUCCGUAUUGCUAGGUUUAUAUUCAGUGUGCACAAAGAGAGGAAGAAAUAGCUGAGUUUCAUGAUGUAGCUAUUUCACCAAGUUACCAGCCUUGGCAUGCCAAAUUUACAGAUUGAAA